CGGAGUAACAAUUUCGACAUGGCUGACAACACGUCACCUGACGUCACGUUCUGGGAGACCAUUGACCACUUGGGCGGCAUCUGGGCCAUCAUCGGCGUGGUCGUGGCGUUGACCGUGUUCUACGUGGCAUUGAUUGAGUUCAUGAUCCCCCGCGGGCGGAUAUCGCAGGCCGAGCGAGCCAAGUCCCAACGAACCAAACUCAUGCGGGCAGCACGAGAAAACGUCAAGUCCCAGCGACUGGUCGACUAGUCUUGUGUCUGUUUAAAUAGAGGCUUGUACAGCACAAAACUAUCAUGUCCUCGCUCUGCUCAUCUCAGUGCCGACCCACGACUAC